GCCUUUAGUUUUAAUCUGACCUGUGACCCCCAAACUCAUUGUGCGAAAACUUGAUGAUCAAUUACAAAACCAACGUGUACAAAAGAAUAUUGUAAAUAAGACUUUGUUCGCACUUCAACCAAUACGAGCACUGAGGUAUCCGUAAAGGUUAUAUACGAAUCUGAGUUUGAUGAGGUAAGACGAACGAUGUCGACAACCGAUUCUAAAGACGACUACGUGUUCCCUGACGUGUUCAACGACCCCGAGAGAGAUGCUUUCCUCUACGGAACAUUCCCAGAAGGUUUCAUCUGGAGUUCAGCGACGUCAUCAUAUCAGAUCGAAGGAGCUUGGAAUGAAGAUGGGAAGGGAGUAUGUAACUGGGAUACUUUCAGUCACACCAAAUGCAGUAUUCAGAAUGGUGAUACUGGAGAUGUAGCUUGUGAUAGCUACCAUAAGUAUAAAGAAGAUGUUGCUUUGAUGAAGGCGAUGGGUCUCAAGUAUUAUCGCUUCUCAAUCUCUUGGCCUCGAGUUCUCCCUGACGGUACUCUCAACAAUGUCAACGAAGCCGGCAUCGCUUACUACAACAACCUGAUCGAUGAACUCCGACUCAACGACAUCAUACCCAUGGUCACUCUCUUCCACUGGGAUACACCUCAGACCCUGGAAGACCUCGGUGGGUGGGACAAUGAGGACAUCAUUGACCGUUUCAACGACUACGCCGAGAUCUGUUUCAAGAAGUUUGGUGAUCGAGUACCGCUAUGGAUCACUUUCAAUGAGCCUUGGAUCACAUCGGUUAAAGGCUAUGGUACUGGAGAAUUCGCUCCAGGAAUCAAAGAGAUCGGAACCAAAGUCUACAGGGUGUCUCAUAACAUCAUCAAAGCUCAUGCUAAAGCUUGGCACACCUAUGAUGACAAAUACAGAAAGCUGCAGGGCGGCAAGGCGGGGAUUACUCUCGAUGGUGAUUUCGCUGAACCGUUUGAUCGUUCAAACAAAGCACAUGUAGAAGCAGCAGAAACCUUCCUCCAAUUCAAAUUUGGCUGGUUCGCGCAUCCAAUAUUCGUCAAUGGUGACUACCCAGAAAUCAUGAAAACAAAGAUCGCAUCGAAAAGCAUUGCUCAAGGUUUAGGUACAUCCCGACUGCCAGAGUUUAGUCAAGAGGAGAAAGCAUAUAUCAAAGGUACCAGCGAUUUCUUCGGUCUCAACGCAUACACAACGCAGUACGCAACUGACGCAACAGAAGGAUUGUCGCAUCCUCCAAGCUACUGGAAUGACCCGGAUGUAAAGACCUGGCAAGAUGAGGGGUGGCCAAAAUCUGGAUCUAGCUGGUUGAGAGUGGUUCCAUGGGGUUUGAGGCGACUUCUGAAGUGGGUAAAUGACCGUUAUCAUGCACCUAUCUAUAUCACUGAGAACGGAGUUUCUACAUCAGAUGUCUUUGAGCUUGAUGAUCAACUCAGGCAGAAGUUUUAUCAAGCUUACGUCAAUGAAGUUUUAAAAGCCAUCAAGUUAGACGGUGUUGACGUCAGAGGUUAUACUGCGUGGUCACUCUUGGACAACUUUGAAUGGGCUUCUGGGUACAGUGAGCGGUUCGGAAUGCAUUACGUCGACUUCAAUGAUCCCGAGCGACCACGAACAGCUAAGAAAUCAGCAAGCUUAUAUUCCAAAAUCGUCAAAGAAAACGGAUUUGUAAAAGAGUUAUAAGGAUAGACUACUCCUUUGAUGUUGAAUUCUUGAAGGGGAAAUCCUUUGAAAGAAUACUAAAAAAACAAAGAAAUAGUGUCAUUAUAAAACUUAGUGUUAGAGAUGGUUUCAUACAUAAAAAUUUAAUUCUCACUUUAUAUAACUUAAUACUCAAUUUUGCAUGAUAAUGUUCUCUUUCGUCGUUUGUAAGUAUUUCUUGUUUAUGCGCUUUGUGUCCCAUUUGCAGACCCCAACAAAUGAAAAGGUUAAAUUCCAACGGCA